CCUUAUUUAUAAUUUUAAAUAAAAAGUGAAGUUUAAUAAAAAAGAUCAACAAGUUUUUUGAUUAGAAGUUGGGUUUUAUUUAAAUUCAAAUUAAUUCUGGUUUGCGAAGAAAUGUUAAUUAAAAAUAAAUUUGUUUUUCUUUGGUGUCGUUAAUUUAUUGACGAUGGGAUUAAGUUUAUGUGCCGGGAUGCCUGUGAGGGUUGUCCAAGUGUUAUGGCUGGUGGUGAUAGUGCUGGCUGCCAGGAUACAAGGAUAUGUGGAGACGGAGGAGUUCAUCAGUGAUCUGGAUAAGCCAAUACCAACGGCGCACGCGCAGGGCGUGCUGGGCAAGAAGGCGGCAUUACCGUGUGACAUCCAACCCCUCGCCGCCGAGGACCACGUGUCCAUGGUGCUCUGGUUCAAGGAGACCGAUGGAGAACCAUUGUACAGUUUCGACGUCCGCGGCCGCUUGGCCUCGCAGCCGAAGCUCUGGUCGUCCCCGAGCGGGUUCGGCACGCGCGCCUACUUCCGCGCCGCGGCGACGCCUGCCGUCCUCUUUGUUGACAGCGUGGUCUCCACCGACGCCGGUGUCUACCGCUGCAGGGUCGACUUCAAGAACUCUCCGACCAGGAAUCUGAGGGUCAACUUUACUGUCAUAACACCUCCAAACCGCCCCACCAUAAUGGACGCGAAGACCAGGAGUCACACGCGUCUUCUCGAGCCUUACAACGAGGGCGACACACUGGAGCUUGUCUGCGAAUGUUUCGGAGGUGACCCUCGACCUCGCCUCACCUGGUACUUAGAGAACACGGUGAUCGACGACUCCUUCGAGCAGAGACCUGAUGGCGUGACGGUGAACACGCUGACGUUUCCCAACGUUGGGCGACAACACCUGAACGCGAGGCUCGUCUGUCAAGCAUCCAACACCAACCUAGCGGCACCUGAGUCUAAGCUCCUGAUUUUGGAUAUUAACUUAAGACCACUGAGCAUCCAGAUCCUGAACAAGCGCUCUCAGCUGUCUGCAGACAGGAACUACGAGGUGGAGUGCAAGGCUGUCGGCUCCAGGCCUGAGGCUCAGGUCACCUGGUGGAAGGGGGGGAGGCAGUUGAAGAGGAGUGCUAAGAACUUUUCUGACAACAAUGCGACGGUCAGCACAUUGAACUUGGUGCCGAUGGCGGAAGACCACGAGAAGUUCUUGGUAUGUCGCGCAGAAAACCCCAGAGUGCCCAAUGCUGUUAUUGAGGAUCGAUGGCUUCUCAAUGUUCACUAUGUACCAAUAGUAACUCUUAAAUUGGGAUCGAACUUAAACCCAAGCUACAUCAAGGAGGGAGAUGACGUUUAUUUCGAGUGCAGUGUCAAAGCUAAUCCGAAGACAAAGAAACUUACAUGGUAUAAAGGGGUGAAGGAGAUUCUUCACAAUGCCAGUGCAGGAGUUAUCCUAAGUGACCAGAGUUUAGUGCUGCAGAGCGUGACUAGAUCUGCUGCUGGAGACUACAGCUGUCUGGCAUACAAUAACGAAGGAAGUGCCACCAGCAAUCCUGUGUCUCUACAAGUUAAUUAUAUACCAAUGUGCAAGACAGUGAAUGAUGGGGAAGUCUAUGGUGCUUUGAAGAUGGAAACUGUUGUCCUGAAGUGUGUGGUCGACUCCAGUCCACCUCCAACGUACUUCAGUUGGUUCUUUAAUAGUUCUGGAGAGCAAACUGAACUUUCGCCGAGUUUAUUCACCGCUCACGGCAACUCCUCCAUCCUCCGCUACACUCCGACUUCCGACAUGGAUUUUGGCACCGUCCUCUGCUCAGCCGUCAACGCCGUCGGGAAGCAGGAGGCGCCCUGUAUGUACAAGCUUGUUGCUGCAGCAGGGAACCCCACAUCUCUUCACAACUGUUCCGUGGUGAAUCAGAGCUCUGACACGUUGCUGGUGGAGUGCCUUGAAGGGUUUGAUGGUGGACUGCCUCAGGUCUUCUAUAUGGAGGUGUUGGAGUUACCAUCGCUGAUGGUCCGAGCAAACGUCUCCUCCAACCACACGCCAUCAUUCCUGGUUCAUGACUUGGACAGCAGAUCCAGCUACACGCUGGUGCUGUACGCGGCUAACGCCAAGGGUCGGAGCGAGGAGGUCACGCUGUUCACUGUGGCCAUCAGGCCGCCGGAUAAGUAUACUGGAGUAAGCACAUCCAUUCCACUAUCCCCGAUGCUGAUGUCAUUGCUGUCUGUGGCCGCGUUGCUAUGCACGGGAGUCUGUGGAGUCAUCACCGCCUUGUAUCGAAGACACGCAGCCAGGAGACAUGACAUCGAUAAACACCCGCCAUCCACUAACGCCCUCUACAUGGAGCAGAGUGUGGAGUCUCUAUCGAAACAAGACAACCUGAACACGUACUGCGGGUCGCCGAAGCUGGACUACUGCAGCCAGUACGAGCUGAAGAUGGAUGGCAGUGGGGAAGACACGGACCCUGAUAUUAUACCGUGUCAUUAUGAUAAGAAACCAAUAAGUGACUAUAGUAAGCUCUCAACUCCUGGGCUGGACACGGAUCCGCACAGGAUAUUUAGUGAUAGAACCAUCUUACCUUCGAGUGCUUCAUCAGUAAGCAUAUGCGUGGUGAACCGCGGGGUGACGGCUCGCAGCGCAGACAUCGCAGCGGCGCGGCCCCCACAGGUAGUCACCACGGCGCGGAAAGUGCGCGAGAGCUGCAUAUAAGUGAGAACUCUAGUGAAAUGUUGGUUAAGGUGGCUAGAAGUGAUCUUUGGAAAAUGGCGAAGAAGAAUACGGUUUUUUUUAUAAUGGUGUUUUUGGUGUUGCUCUUUAUAAGUCUUUUAAAGUUUCAUCAUCCAACAAGGUCUUUAUCAGAACUCUUUUGUUUCAAGCUGGUCUCAUCAAAUUUCCUCGCGAAAUUAGAUAAGACAUGUGCCGUACUGUUUUUUAAUUGACGUUUUUGCACAAUUGACUAUUUUAUUAUCUUUUUCCAAAGAUCGCGUCUUAGCGUUACAAAUUGAUUGGUUGUAAGUAAAGACACUGUUGUAGAAAUAAUUAAUCUAGUUAAUUAACUUUAUUAUAAAGUACACGAUAUU